CAGCCCUUGGAUGGAAUUGUGUGCCCUGUUUGCUGAGACAGGAGCUGCUCAUCGCUCCUGCCAGCCUUUCAGUCACUUGCCGGAGUCUGGGCACGACAUCUGAGUUGCUGCUGUUGUUUUAAGGACGUUGGACAUCAUAGUGAUAGUUUCCCUUGAUCAUCAUCAGAAAAAACUGAAGAGAUGGAGGACACCAAGCCGUGGUACUGUCAGAAAGUGUACGCGAGGUACUGGAGGCACUAUGACUUAGCCAUGCGCUGGAUGCACAGGCACCAGAAAGCCUACAGGAAAGCCAUGGAGUGCUUUUAUCAUCUGCCAUGGCAUCCAUGGCAUCCUGCUGCAGCCUCUCCAAGCAGCCACUACUCAGAUUGGGAUGGGAAUGAUCUCCCACAUACCCAAAACUAUUCUGCCUGCUAUAGACCAGAUGUCAGAGUUCCGUAUCAUGGGGGAGCUCAGCAGCACGCAGAUGCCUACCAGGAGAGGGAGGAUGCUGAUGAGGACUCCGAAAUGGAAGAGGAUGCUGAAAGGGACUCUGAAUGGGAUGCUGAAAUGGAGGAAGACUCUGAGUCUGAAGGGGAGAUAGAAUAUGACUUGAGUAACAUGGAGAUCACAGAGGAGCUUCGCCAGUUUUUUGCAGAGACAGAGAGGCACCGAGAAGAGCUGCGGAGGCAGCAGCAGCUGGAAGCUGAGGACCCAUACGUGGAGGCUGAUCAAGACCUGCACAGGAGGGUGGAGCGUUCUGUGGAGCCGCCUACAGAAAGACCUGGGGAGAGGCGCAUGGCAGAAAUGAAGAAACUGUAUGGUGCUCAAGCUGCCAAAAUCCAGGCAAUGGAGGCUGCCAUGCAGCUAAUCUUUGAUAGGAACUGUGAUAAAAAGCAGCCCAAAUACUGGCCCAUUAUUCCCCUUAAGCUGUGAAUACCUGGACUGUGAUCUGACGAGGCAUGGUGCUAUAGGGUCAGGUGACUCAGGUUGGGCUGUUGAAAGAACAAACUGCAAAUUUUGGUUUUGGGCUUUCGGGGAGAGUCUGGCAAGGACAGCAUGUAUUUCUUUGGCCUUUUUUUCUUUUACAGUGUCUAUCAGUGAUGCUCACAGUCCAUUCAACUCACAUACAGUUGUCAAGUAGUAAUAGGACGGACAGGAAUAUCAAACCUGUCUAAAAUUCACUCAUCUGAUACCCGAUUGCCAUGACCAUGCUUGCAAGAAACAUAA